CUGCUACGAACAUUGAUGGGAUGGAUGCGUCUCACUCACUACACAAAAAUCCAAGUCUCUGGUCUCACACAGCAUAAUCACUGCACUAAUCUUCCGGCGGCCACUCCCACGCGUAACUACACAGUACCAGGGCAACGCAAACCAUUCCGGCUUUGCUGCCACGUACAUGACUGACACGGCCAAAAAUCGGUAUACAUACUAGUCUCCCUACUGCCUACAGACGACCGGUCAUUCAAACGGAAGGACCGAUCAUUCACGCUGCUGCUGCUGCUGCUGCUAGCGCCCCGCUCAGCACGGGGCUGAGCGCUUCUGCAGCCUCGUCAGCAAACUGCUCGUAGCACAGCAAAGCACCUGCACACACACACGGCCACACACACACAGAGGCGCAUCCGCAUCCAUCCACAGCACAAGUGUGUGCAGCGCACCCCCACACACAGACAGCCCACACACCUGGUAUCUCUUUGUAUGCGGCGAAGUAGUCCCUCAGCCGAUAGAGCUCCUCCUUGCUCGCACUCGGGAAGUCGGCCCCUCCCAACACACAGGUCUUCUCCCUCAACGCGGCUGGCAGCCCUGCAAUCCAACAACCCCACACAGCUUAUGUCCAGCCACCAUAUCCACCCACAUCCACCCACAUGCCCCCUCUCACCCUUCAGGAACUGUGUGACCUCGUCAACGCUCCCGAAUGGAUCCAGCCCUCCCGUGAUGAAGGCAGGCGGCACAAAGGACGGCCGCUCCACCGUGGCGGCUCUCUGCUUCUCCUCAAGCACCCCACCACCAAGGGCAUCCUCAGUCGUGAAGACGUGGCUGCUCAGCGCCUUGGUCAGCCUGCCCUUGGACGAGAGAUAGCCGUGCACCGCCCCGCCCACAAGGGGCGUCCCGUAGGCCCCGCGGAUGAGCGAUGCGACCGUCUUGCCGGUGUCUUGCUUGCUGCGGAAGAUGGUGGGGAAUGGGCCACGCCAGGUGGGCGAGGCGAGCACAAGGCGGUCGAGGGACGACAGAGAGCCGGGGAUGAGAUCGCGAUAGGCCUGCAUCGCAUCAAGCAACCAAUGCACACAUGACAGACAGAUAGAGAGGCUGUCGGCUGUUUAUUGAAAAGGAAGGCGCUCGGUGACUCAUAUAUAUACCAGGAGGGCAAAGAACCCGGUAUGGCCGCCGGCCACUAUCCGCAAGCUGCCGGCCCCCCCGUCCUUCUGCAGAUGGGAGACCAGGUCGGCAAAGAAGUGCGUGAAGGUCUCGGCGUUCAUGUCCUCCUCCGUCAGAGGCAUCUGGUGGUUGCUGCCGUAGCCAGGCAGGUCCACCAGAAUGGGCAGCAUGCGUGUGGCGGGGUCCCGCUUCGCCAUGGCCUUGACAAGAGGGAGCCACUCCGUCUUGGUCGACACGAAUGACGGCGCCGGGAUGAACAGGGUGGGCAGCAGGUCUUUGGAGUCCUCGCUAACCGCCUCACUGCAGCAUCACAGACCAUCACAGCAAGGCACAGAAGCCCACUCUGAAACCAGCCCCUUCUCCUUGUGUUGUCGACUCACUUGGGAAAGAGCACAUCAUACGAGAUCUCUCCCUCGCGUCCUUUCCAGCCCCACUUGAAGCUCUUGGCCUGCGCCUUCAUCCCAUAUGCCGUAGCAGCCAGCAUCGACAGAUGCCGCAGCUGUUGCAUUCCGCAAGCGGCAAAGCGGCAUCGUUUGGCGAAGCGCAGAGGCAUCGAUGGUGACGGCACCAAUGCCCAACAAAUGGACGGCAGCAUGACCAUAGCCAGCGAUGAAUAGACAGGCAUUCUCUGAAACCGCGAGAUGAUCGACCUGACGAGAUGACCCUGUCCUCCGUCCUCUCGCAAGCUGUGCGUGUAGGGAGGCUCUUUUCCCCCCCGCGACCUCAACC